GUUGAGCGCAGACCUUGCCGCAAUCGCAGUGCCAAUUCGAGCCGAGACACAAAUGCAUUUGGCCAAAAGAAGUUCGUGUUAAAGAAACGCAGCAAGAAAUUAUAAAUAUAUAUUACAUUUGGUUUUUGUGGCUUUGUGAGUUUCUUUGCGUUUGCUGUGUGUUUUCUGUGUUUGCAGCCAAAAUCAAAGCUAGAGUUAAAUUUGCCGUUGCCGUCAAGUGUUUAGUUUGGCUUGGCUGGGCUUUUAUUCGUGCGACGUGCGCCCCAGCGAACGGUUGUUGUUUUGUCUUUGUAUCUUUGUAUCUGACGGAUACGCGAGACCCGCGCGCGAGAUACUCUCUGCGAGUGUGUGUGUGAGCUUUGAGUGUAAACUGCUGUGCGUGUGAAGAAAGAGCAAUAUUUAUUACAAAAAAAAAAAAAAAUAGAUAUAUAAAAAUUGGUGGCGAAAUAACGCCAACAACAAUUGCCGAUGAAUUGCCAGCAGCAAGAGCAGAAAUAGUUUUUCCAGUGCAAAAAGCGAAAAGUUCAUUACAUAAAACGCAAUUGUGUUAAAUAUCGCAGCAGAUCGCACGCUGUUUAAGCCAAAUGCAAAUGCGUUGAAUUUUGGCUAAAGUGCUUACACAUUUGGCAAGCAAGUGAGAGAGUGAAAGAGAGAGGGAGAGACUCUCAGUUGGAUAGCUUGGCCCUCAAUGCCAUGUGCCUGCUGCCAUAAAAAAAAAAGCCAGGCUUCCUAAUUGAAAAGCUGCCAGCUAAAUGGACGCGUAGCACGAGGCAAACUCUGUGCGCGUGAGAGAGACAGCGAGAGAGCGAGAGAGAGAAAGCCAGAUAUCAGCGUGUGUUACCAAGAAAGCAGCCAAAACAAACGAGCAACCAAAACACUGGCCAAAAUGUGCAGCUCCACAAAAAUGGUUUACAGUUAUAGAAUUUUAUGGCUUUCCGGCGUUUUUCUAGCUCCGUUAUUGCUGGUCGCUACCGAUGCUCAGGAGCCAGCCAGUCCAGUAUUUCAGAACCACAAGACGAAGGAAUGGACGAAUUUAGAUAAUAUAACAUUCUCCUUCGAUUGUAAGCGGCGUUCAGUGGGCUUCUAUGCGGACAUGGAAUACAAUUGUCAGAUAUUUCACAUGUGCGACGAGGAGGGCAAUCGAAUACCCCACUUGUGUGCAAAUGAGACGAGCUUUAAUCAGGAGUACAGAAUAUGUGAUUGGGACUACAAUUUUAACUGCACAGAAUCGCCGAAAUGGUUCUAUCUGAACGAGCUGACGUAUGCCACAGAUCCGCCAGACGAAGACGACGAGGACUAUUGAGUGCAAAUAAAUUAAUAUUUAUUGUCUUUGAGCAGCGAAAACAACUAAUUAAAUUAAAUGGAGCAGAAGGCCGAACGGCGAAAUGGAGAGAAAUUUCCAUUAAAUAUGUAAACUAAUUUAAGAGAUUUGUUGACGAUUUUGUUGAGUUUCGUUUUGUACAAUUGAAUGUAGUCUAAUUUCGAGAAUCGACGGCGAUUUUGCUGUGUCGCAUGUAAAUAAUGUAAAUAGAAGGCCGCCAAACUAACAGCACGCCGUAAUGUAAUUUACAAAUAAUUUUCUGUUGUUUGUAAGCAAAUAAUAAAAACAAAUAAAUCGAAAUUAAAGUGCGCCCAUGAAAUGCUCGCAAAUAAGAUAA